GGGUGUAGCUGAUAGAGCAGCAGCAGGAGGGCUUGUUCUGGGGACUGCAACUGGAGAACCUGUGAGAGGUUGUAGCCACCAACGGAUCUGAGCUACACAAAAUGCGUGAAAUUGUGCAUCUUCAGAUUGGGCAGUGUGGGAACCAAAUUGGAGCCAAGUUCUGGGAGGUGCUUGGUGAGGAACAUGGGAUUGACAUCGCUGGAAACUACCGUGGGGAUUCACCACUGCAGCUGGAGCGAAUUAACGUGUACUUCAAUGAGGCUUACUCCCAUAAAUAUGUGCCCCGUUCCAUCCUGGUGGACCUGGAGCCUGGGACGAUGGACAGUGUACGGUCUAGCAAAAUAGGUCCACUCUUUCGACCUGACAACUUCAUUCAUGGUAAUUCAGGGGCUGGAAACAACUGGGCCAAGGGCCAUUACACAGAAGGUGCUGAACUGAUUGAAAAUGUCAUGGAUGUGGUCAGGAACGAGUGUGAGAGCUGUGACUGCCUGCAGGGAUUCCAGCUCAUCCAUUCGCUCGGUGGUGGCACAGGCUCAGGUAUGGGCACACUCCUCAUCAACAAAAUCAGAGAGGAAUAUCCCGACAGGAUUAUGAACACCUUCAGCGUUGUGCCUUCCCCCAAGGUAUCGGACACGGUCGUAGAGCCGUACAACGCCAUCCUCUCCAUCCAUCAGCUCAUAGAGAACACGGAUGAAACCUUCUGCAUUGACAACGAAGCUCUCUACGAUAUAUGUUUUAGAACUUUAAAGCUCACCAAUCCCACCUAUGGUGACCUCAACCACUUGGUGUCCCUAACCAUGAGUGGCGUCACCACCUCCCUCCGCUUUCCUGGGCAGCUCAACGCGGAUCUGCGCAAGUUGGCUGUCAACAUGGUGCCCUUUCCUCGCCUGCACUUCUUCAUGCCAGGCUUUGCUCCACUGACAGCUCGGGGCAGCCAGAUGUACAGAGCCCUCACAGUGCCAGAGCUAACUCAACAGAUGUUCGACGCACGCAACAUGAUGGCAGCCUGUGACCCUCGGCGCGGGCGUUACCUCACCGUCGCCUGCAUCUUCCGAGGCAGAAUGUCUACCAGAGAAGUGGAUGAGCAGUUGCUGUCUGUCCAGACCAAGAACAGCUCCUAUUUCGUGGAGUGGAUCCCUAACAAUGUCAAGGUGGCUGUGUGUGACAUCCCACCGCGAGGCCUGAAGAUGGCAGCUACCUUUAUUGGCAAUAACACAGCCAUUCAGGAGCUCUUCAUCAGGGUUUCCGAACAGUUCUCAGCCAUGUUCAGAAGAAAAGCCUUUCUCCACUGGUAUACUGGGGAAGGUAUGGAUGAGAUGGAGUUCUCUGAAGCAGAAGGUAACACCCAUGACCUCGUGUCCGAGUACCAACAGUACCAAGAUGCCACUGCAGAUGUUGAGGAGUUUGAAGAGGUGGAAGUGGAAGCCAGCCCAGAAAAGGAAGCAGCAUGAAAACAACGGCAAUAUCAAACCAUCCUCCAAAUAAGCCUGUUGACACUCACUAAAAUCAAAGCAACAGCCACCAUCUGCAUACCAA